ACCGCCAAACAAGAAACUAAAAACAACGUUGCUUGAAUAAUUUCCAGCAGGUUUCUACAACAUUUUACAGCUGUAUACAAACUGUACUUCACAUAUGACAUCCAUCAUAUAUUGUUUAAGAUUCCGGCUUAAAUACUUCAUCCAGAUCUUUGUGUUUGGCAGUAAUUCCUCCAUUUGCUCCGCAUGUGCAGCUGCACUGCUAACACGCAGCUACGCGGCUAACAUGAGUCUUUUAUGAAACAACUCAUUAAAGUUUCAGCUCACCUUUAAUAGCGUCUCUGGAAUAAAGCAGUCGCUCUGUUGCCUUCUUUAGUGCCAUGUCGAAAAGAAAGGUGACAUUUGAGGACGGCAUCGAGGAGUUUGACCUGGAAGACGACCGUCGGAGUAAAAAGAGCUGCGAAGCCGUCAGCGGUCCGGGCUCCAGGUUCAAGGGUAAACAUUCACUUGACAGUGAUGAAGAGGAUGAAGGCGCCGAAAUAAAGAGCAACAAAUAUGAUAUUUUAGCGAGUGACGAUGUGGAAGGCCAAGAAGGAGCAACAAUCGACUAUGAUGAAGGCGUGUCGAUCACGCCUUUCAACCUGGACGAGGAAAUGCAGGAAGGCCACUUUGAUUCGGAGGGAAACUAUUUCGUCAAAAAGGAAAAGGAGAUUAGAGACAACUGGCUUGACAACAUAGAUUGGGUAAAAGUGAAAGAGCAGCCUUUCAAAAAAAAGAAGAAAGGCCUGGGUGCCAAACGGAGACGCCGAGUUGGUGAUGAGGAUGAGGCUGAGGAGGAGAAGCAAAGAGAGGAACGGCAGGGUGGCGAGGAUGAAGAGGAGGACGAGGAGGAGAAGAUGGAGCCUGCAGAGGAUCCCCUGGCAUCCUUCACACAGUAUCAGCUCACUGAAGCUGUAGUGGAAAUUUUGAAACCCGGAGAAACGGUCGCCGCGGCGCUCCGUCGGUUAGGGGGCCUUGGAGGACGAAAGAAAAGAAAUCUGAAGGAGGAGGAUGAACCCAUGGAGGAGACUAAAAGGGAUGCAGAAAAGCUCGAUAAGCUCACAGCUCUAGCCGACAGACUGGUGGGGUCUGGCAUGUUUGAAAUAUAUCAGCAGAGCUAUGAAAAACUGGCCUAUAAGAUGAAGAGCAUGAGCAGCAAGAAGCCGGCGGUGGGGCAGAAAUCCGGUGGUGACAACAGCGAUGAGGAAGAGGAGCUUGACAUGUUCGGUGAUAAAUUUGAUGAAAAGGCUGGAGGGAAAGAGGACAAAGAUGGGAAAGACGACGAAAGAGUGAGUGAUGAAGUGAUGUGGGAGUACAGAUGGGACAACGAGGAUAAAUCAGAAGUUUAUGGCCCCUUCACCAGUCAACAGAUGCAGGGCUGGGUGGAUGAAGGCUAUUUCAACAGCGGCGUUUACUGCAGGAGGGUGGACCAGGGGGGAUCUCAGUUUUACAACUCCAGACGGAUAGACUUUGAACUCUAUUCAUGAAUCACAACCAGUGGGAUCCCUACCACCAUGUGUGUUCUACCUACAUUUUUUUUCUAAUCUUUUUCUGUCAAGGUUUUGGUGUCUCAUUGGUAAUUUUAAUUCUGCCUUUGUUUUUCUCCAAUUUAUUUUUAAAUAAAAAAAAAAUUGUAUGUGUCUGGUGGUGGUGCUGUGAAGUUGUUUUCUUUACAGUGUGUUGUGGUAAAAACCACACUGCGUUUAAAGUCUGACACUUAAAUGCUAUAUUUUGACUUUAACUUUAACUAUUUUGAUUUUAACUGCUGUCAUUGCUAUUAAAAACAGAAUAGUGCCAGAUAAGAAAUUUUAAGAUUGUUGAAUCAAAAUAGUAAAAGAACAGUGUCAACUGUCUGAUCUGGAUUAUAUUGUUGUGAAUCUGUUGGCAAAAGAUGAAGUGUUCAGGUUCAGGGAUGCAACUGAUAGUAGGUUGAAGAAAAGUGGUGGCUACAACCCCAUUUCCCAAAAUGUUUGGACGCUGUAUAAAAUGGGCAAAUAAAAACAAUGCAAUGAUUUGCAAAUCUUAUAAACUCAUACUUUAUUGUAGAAUAUAAACAGCAUAUCAGAUGUUGAAACUGGGACAUUUUGCCAUUUCCUGGAAUUCGAUAGCAACAACACAUCUGAAGAAAGUGGGAAGAGGAGCAACAAAUGGCUUCCAAGGAAUUCCACUUUUGUUUCUUCAGUCCCUGGGUUAUUUCCCCCCAUAGUCUUGGGGAU